AUGAUUAGGAAGGGAGCUACGUUUUCGAGUUACGUCUUCACCGAUGAAUGCACUGUGCAAAUUGACUGUUCGACGAGAUUCUGUUAUGUGAAACCUGGAGACCAGUUCUCCAGCUUCCGCAAUCGCGCAAAGCACCCAGCAAAAGUUCACAUCUGGGGCGGAAUAUCUUCCCGAGGACAACACCGCUUGCCAUAUUUCCGGAAGACAGAAGAAUCGAUAGACAACGCACCACCGCACAAGAGCCGAUACACGACCGCAAAGCAGAAGGAAUGGAAUAUCGAGGCAGUGCAGUGGCCUCCGGAGUCACCCGAUCUUAAUCCAAUCGAAAUGCUAUGGGGAAACAUGAAAAAUAUA